AUGGUUGUGAAAGCUUCAAUAGAAGAUGAUGAUUCAGGAUGGGAACUCAGUGUGCCUGACAAGAUGGAAAAGAGUAAUACAAGCUGGAUAGAUAUAACUCAGGGUUUUGAAGAAGCUUGUAGAGAACUGAAGUUAGGAGAACUGCUUCAUGACAAGCUUUUUGGUCUUUUUGAAGCCAUGUCUGCAAUUGAAAUGAUGGAUCCCAAAAUGGAUGCUGGUAUGAUUGGAAACCAAGUGAAUAGAAAGGUUCUUAACUUCGAGCAAGCUAUUAAGGAUGGCACCAUUAAAAUAAAGGAUCUCACUUCACCUGAGUUGAUAGGAAUAAUGGAUACAUGUUUCUGUUGUUUGAUAACAUGGUUAGAGGGACAUUCUUUGGCACAGACAGUGUUCACUUGCCUUUAUAUUCAUAAUCCAGACUUCAUAGAAGAUCCUGCUAUGAAAGCUUUCGCUCUUGGGAUCCUAAAAAUCUGUGAUAUUGCCAGAGAAAAGGUUAACAAGGCAGCUGUUUUUGAGGAGGAAGAUUUUCAGUCAAUGACUUAUGGAUUUAAAAUGGCCAACAGUGUGACAGAUCUUAGAGUUACAGGUAUGCUGAAAGACGUAGAAGAUGACUUGCAAAGACGAGUGAAGAGCACUCGAAGUCGACAAGGAGAAGAGAGAGAUCCAGAAGUUGAACUUGAACAUCAACAGUGUUUGGCUGUGUUCUGCAGAGUGAAGUUUACCAGGGUGCUACUGACUGUUCUCAUAGCAUUUACCAAAAAAGAGAUGAGUGCAGUUGCAGAAGCUCAGAAACUAAUGACGCAGGCAGCUGAUUUGCUUUCUGCCAUCCAUAAUUCAUUACAUCAUGGUAUCCAGGCACAGAAUGAUACCACGAAAGGAGAUCAUCCUAUUAUGAUGGGCUUCGAGCCCCUUGUUAAUCAAAGGUUGCUGCCACCUACUUUCCCUCGAUACGCAAAAAUAAUUAAAAGGGACGAAAUGGUCAAUUAUUUUUCCAAACUAAUAGACCGAAUAAAAACUGUAUGUGAAGUAGUCAACUUAACUAAUCUUCACUGUAUACUGGAUUUUUUCUGUGAGUUUAGUGAGCAAUCACCCUGUGUUCUUUCAAGAUCCCUGUUACAGAUGGCGUUUCUGGUAGAUAACAAGAAAGUGUUUGGCACUCACCUCAUGCAAGACAUGGUAAAAGAUGCUUUAAGGUCUUUUGUCAGUCCUCCAGUACUUUCUCCAAAGUGUUGCCUGUAUAAUAAUCACCAGGCAAAGGACUACAUUGAUUCCUUUGUGACACAUUGUGUUCGGCCAUUCUGUAGUCUGAUUCAAAUCCAUGGACACAACAGAGCUCGUCAGAGAGAUAAACUGGGUCACAUUCUUGAAGAAUUUGCCACCCUCCAGGAUGAGGCAGAGAAAGUAGAUGCAGCACUCCAUAGUAUGUUACUGAAGCAGGAACCACAAAGACAACAUUUGGCUUGUUUGGGCACUUGGGUCCUAUAUCAUAACCUUCGUAUUAUGAUACAGUAUCUUCUGAGUGGCUUUGAGUUGGAACUGUACAGUAUGCAUGAAUAUUACUACAUAUAUUGGUAUCUAUCAGAGUUCCUCUAUGCCUGGUUAAUGUCAACACUGAGCCGAGCUGAUAGCUCUCAAAUGGCAGAGGAGAGAAUAAUGGAGGAACAACAGAAAGGCCGUAGCAGUAAGAAAACAAAGAAAAAGAAAAAAGUUCGCCCUCUCAGCAGAGAGAUCACCAUGAGUCAAGCGUACCAAAAUAUGUGUGCUGGGAUGUACAAGACAAUGAUUGCAUUUGACAUGGAUGGUAAAGUAAGAAAACCUAAGUUUGAACUGGACAGUGAACAAGUUCGAUAUGAGCACAGGUUUGCUCCAUUCAGCAGUGUUCUCACACCACCUCCAGUGCACUACUUGCAAUUUAAAGAAAUGUCUGAUUUAAAUAAGUACAGCCCGCCUCCUCAGUCAUCAGAUCUCUACAUGGCAGCUAGCAAGCACUUUCAGCAAGCUAAAAUGAUUCUGGAGAAUAUUCCUAAUCCACACUAUGAGAUCAACCAAAUUCUGAGAGUUGCUAAACCCAAUAUUGUGGUCAUGAAGCUGCUAGCAGGAGGCCACAAAAAGGACUCUAAGGUUCCUCCAGAAUUUGACUUCUCGCCUCAUAAAUAUUUUCCAGUUGUGAAGCUUGUUUGA